AGCAAUAAACAAUGAACACAUAACAAAACACACACACACACGCUCAGCCGCCUCUCAACUUUUGCUUUCAGGUGAAGAGACCAUUUUCAUAUCCUUCGCUGAUUGACCCAAGGAUUUUUGUUCAUCUGGGUCUUGUCGUUCGAUCGAGUUUGUGAUUUGGGUCUGGUCGAGUUCUUGUCUUUGAUUCGUUGCAAGCUGAGUCGUAAUGGAUGGGUAUCUAGGGAGGAGUUUUGAUGAUUUUGUUGUGCCAAAGUGUCAAGAAUCAUCGGACGCGUUCGCAGCUCCAGAUUUUUGGGGUGGAUGGGCCAUGAACAUUCCAGAAGCUCCCGAGAAAUGCUUCAUCAUGGAUCACUAUGACGCAAUGAACCAUGGGUUCAGCGGCGGGUUAUACAGUCAGAUGGAGACAAGGUCAAUCCAAGAGUCGAAGAAGUUGAAUAUAUACGCUGAUCUCUGCAGUGAAACGAAGGACGAUCAUCGGCAGCUUCAUGAUUUCGACGGAAUCCAACAAAUGGAUGAUAUAUUCCUAAGUUCCAUUUUGGAGGAUGUUCCAGGGAACUGGAGCCGUGAUCCGUCCUCGGGGCUCGGUUGUCUGAAGCCGUCGAAUGAUUACGUCGAUUCUUCUACGUUUGUUGACAGUCUUAGCUGUGAUGUUCCCAUGUCCCCUUUUGCCCCCUGCAGCUCUGGACCUUGCCAUGACAUGCCUUUGAAGGGGCAGCGGCCGUUCACGGUCUUGGACCUAUCCGAGGGGGACAGGUCGAAUGAAUACUCGGAGGUUGAGGCAUCGAUGGAAGAAGAAGUCCUACACGAUCUACAAAGGGCUACCGAAAAGUUGACUGACGAGACGAGGAAAUGCUUCCGCGACACCUUUUACCGUCUCGCCAAGAACUCGGUACAUGACCCAGAAGACCACCGUCCCGCGCAAGCUCGUGGCUCACACGGCGGUGAUCAGAGCGAUAGAAUCAGGUCAAGGAGACAACAUGGGACUGAAUCGGAAACGAACUCGAUCGAUCGGGCCAUUGCGAACCUCACAUUCAACAAGAUGGAAUCCAACAUAGAAAUGUUUCCCCUGCCCGAAAAAGGAUCAGAAGGCAGCUCUAAACGGAGAACGCGUUACUGAAACCAGCCAGGGACCGGAACAGAUCCUGUAAAGAUGCAUCUGGAACAAACAAUCAUCAUGGUCUCUGAAGCAAAUGAUAUUGAAUGCGUCUUUUAUGUUUUGUGUAUAUAUAUAUCUAUAUAUUAUAUAUAUAUGUGCAAUGAUGUUCCAAGCUUCAGAUUAGGAUCUUGUCUUGGUGGAAUCCCUUCUUCCAUCACUAACAUGCCUUUGAUGGGUUUUUUUUUUUUUUUGAAAAAUAAACAGUUAUUUUUUGUAAUUUGAAUGAAGUCUAAAAACAGGUAAAUUUCUAAAUA